AGCCUCGGUGUCAGCGGUCACCCCUCCUGCGGGUCCCCCCUCGACCCCUUACUGGAGCACUCUGCCCCGCGGCCGCGGCGGCAGGAGGAGGAGGAGGAGGGAUCGCGGGCGGCGCGGGUUGGUCUGGCCACCUCGCCCCGUGCCCCGCCCCUGCGCGCACUCCCUCGCGGGCGAGCUACUUUCGGACAAGGAAAGUGAGGGCGGCCCCGGGUGACAGCGCGGCGGCGCCAGUCCCGGGAAGCCGCGUCUGUUCGCGUGUCGCCCGUCGCGCUGCCAGCGGCACACUGCCCAGACCCCGCCAUGGCUUCGACCACCACCUGCACCCGGUUCACCGACGAGUAUCAGCUCUUCGAGGAGCUCGGAAAGGGGGCAUUCUCAGUGGUGAGAAGAUGUAUGAAGAUCCCGACGGGACAGGAGUAUGCUGCCAAAAUUAUCAACACCAAAAAGCUUUCUGCUAGGGAUCACCAGAAACUGGAAAGGGAAGCUAGAAUCUGCCGUCUUUUGAAGCACCCCAAUAUUGUGAGACUUCAUGACAGUAUAUCUGAAGAGGGCUUCCAUUACUUGGUGUUUGACUUAGUUACUGGAGGUGAACUCUUUGAAGACAUAGUGGCACGAGAGUACUACAGCGAAGCUGAUGCCAGUCAUUGUAUACAACAGAUUCUAGAGAGUGUAAAUCAUUGUCACCUAAAUGGCAUAGUUCACAGGGACCUGAAGCCUGAGAAUUUGCUUUUAGCUAGCAAAUCCAAAGGAGCAGCUGUGAAACUGGCAGACUUCGGCUUAGCCAUAGAAGUUCAAGGCGACCAGCAGGCGUGGUUUGGUUUUGCUGGCACACCUGGCUAUCUUUCUCCAGAAGUUCUGCGUAAAGAUCCUUAUGGAAAACCAGUGGAUAUGUGGGCAUGCGGUGUCAUCCUCUACAUCUUGCUGGUGGGGUACCCCCCCUUCUGGGAUGAAGACCAGCAUAGACUGUAUCAGCAGAUCAAGGCUGGAGCUUAUGAUUUUCCAUCACCAGAAUGGGACACAGUGACUCCUGAAGCCAAAGACCUUAUCAACAAAAUGCUUACCAUCAACCCUGCCAAACGCAUCACAGCCUCUGAGGCUCUAAAACACCCAUGGAUCUGUCAACGUUCUACUGUGGCUUCCAUGAUGCACAGGCAGGAGACCGUUGACUGCUUGAAGAAAUUUAAUGCUAGACGGAAAUUGAAGGGUGCCAUCUUGACAACUAUGCUGGCUACGAGAAAUUUUUCAGCAGCCAAGAGUCUGUUGAAGAAACCUGAUGGAGUAAAGAAAAGGAAGUCCAGUUCGAGUGUUCAGAUGAUGAUAAACAACAAAGCCAACGUGGUAACCAGCCCCAAAGAAAAUAUUCCUACCCCGGCGCUGGAGCCCCAAACUACUGUAAUCCACAACCCUGACGGAAACAAGGAGUCAACCGAGAGCUCAAACACCACGAUUGAGGAUGAAGACGUGAAAGCACGAAAGCAGGAGAUCAUCAAAGUCACCGAGCAACUGAUUGAAGCUAUCAACAAUGGGGACUUCGAAGCUUACACAAAAAUCUGCGAUCCAGGCCUCACUGCCUUUGAACCGGAAGCUUUGGGCAACUUAGUGGAAGGGAUGGACUUUCACAGAUUCUACUUUGAAAACGCUUUGUCCAAAAGCAACAAACCAAUCCACACUAUCAUCCUGAACCCUCACGUGCAUCUGGUGGGCGAUGACGCAGCGUGCAUCGCAUACAUCCGACUCACACAAUACAUGGACGGCAGUGGCAUGCCAAAGACCAUGCAGUCGGAAGAGACGCGCGUGUGGCACCGCCGCGAUGGGAAGUGGCAGAAUGUUCACUUUCAUCGUUCGGGGUCACCCACAGUACCCAUCAAGCCACCCUGUAUUCCAAAUGGGAAAGAAAACUUCUCAGGAAGCACCUCUUUGUGGCAAAACAUCUGAAAACCAUUCACAUUUGGGUCUUCUAAUUGUCAACAGUGCCACUUCUGCGUUCUGUUCUCAAGGCACCUGGAGGGAAACCCUGGGACGUCCUCUCCUCCUCUUCAUGCAUGUUUCUGAUGCAUGAAGUUGUGAAGGUUCUACAUGUAAUGCAUAUGUGACACAUCAUCGUAUCAUAUAUUCCUUCCUAUACGUUGUUUACACUCCAACUACUGGAUGGGAUGUUCCAUGCAAACUUAAAUUACCGUUGGCAACCUAUAGAGGGAGGUCAGACAAGAAAAUUCCACAAUAUUCCAAGUUCAACUGAUCCAUCAGGUUUCUCUGUUUAUGCCAAGAUUUAGAAGAUGUCGUUAAAAUUAUUGUUCUCUGAAUGACAGUUUGUGAGAGAAAAGUAAAUCUUUUGAGAACGCUGCCAUUAAUCUUUGGGGGCUUUUCAUUGGGAAUUUGGGUUUGAUUUUGUUUUUGUUUGUUUCUAAGGCUAAUAUGUAUGUACCUUCAGUUCCUGGUGUGAUCCUGGUAGAAAUGAAUGCUUUUCUCUGAAAGUGUUGGUGUUGUGUAAGUGGAGUGGUUAGGUGGGCAAAGCCUUGUGUGAUUGCAAGGGCAAGAAUCAGUUGGUGUUCUACCAUCAAAGCCAUGAUGAUUUGAGUCAAACUACAUACUGGGAAAAAUUAACAUCAUUUGCAAGUUUGAUUGCUUUCAGAUAAGCACAAUUCUGGUGAACACUUGACACUGAUUUUGCUUUUUUCUUUCUCAAAUCUGUAUUCUGUUGUUUUCGUUUUGUAAUAUUUGUUUGCUUUUAAUUUUUCCUAUUCUCUCUAUCUAUCUAUCUAUCUAUCUAUCUAUCUAUCUAUCUAUCUAUCUAUCUUUCUAUCUGUUGGUCUGUCUGUCUUUCUGUAGCUGGUAGUGUGUAAAAAUAACAGUAAAGUUUGCAUAUGAAGGUAAAAAUAGAAAUCAAGGUCUUUUGGAAGAAGCUAAAACUAGCACUUCCUGUCUUUUCAGGGCCCGCGGAGUUGUUAUAAGAUUUUAAAUAAAGGUUUUUAAUUCAGCUUAGGCCACCACUUGUGCAUAGGUAUCCUAGCUAGGUUAAGAGCAUUGGAAGUGUUGAGACUUGUGCUAACAGCAGUAAGAGCCUACAACAAUGUCCUGGUUCUCUACCGACUAGGGAUAUGGUCUGAAGACCAAGUAGAGGGUGACCAGAUUGGCAUACAGAGCACUUGCCUGGACCUGGUGUCACGUGAGAGCCUUGACUGCCUCGCUCUCUCUAGCUAGUACCGUGAGGGAUAUUUUUUAUCCUCGUUGUGUUUGAAUUUGAUCUUUAUGACGUGUGCAGUCCUAGCUUCUCUCUUGAGUCACAGUGUCAACUUCCUGCCAGGAGCUAGAGUUUUUCCAGAUUCAAGCAAAGAGGAAAAGGAAAUGCCCCAGUUUUCUUUGCGGUUCUCAUUUGUUCUUUGUUGAUUCAGUCCUGGUGAGGCUGUUUCUCCACACUGAAAUGCUUUGUGGUGCAUGGACUCUCCGUCAGCAUUACUUCAACCGUAGCUACUCACAGUCCUCAAAAGCCUAUUUUUAAAGCGGAAGCAAGAAGCAAAAAGAAAACACCCCCCUCCCCUCUUUUUUCUCAUUUCACCUUUUGGUGUUGAUUGCUAAUCACUUUAGAUAUUGUUGCUAGUGAAUGUAUGGUAGAUGGGUUGAAGCUUUUCUGAUAAUUACAUGAUUUAAAACAAUAUAUAUUUAAAAUGAAUAUAUACAGUAAAUGUAUUGAGCCGUGUUAACCUGCCAAUGAGAUCUGUGAAAAACGUAAUGGCCUCACUUUUUCCCUUUUUAAUUUCUUUUAUCUUUCUGUGAAGCAGCUAUACGUGGCUUACAUGUAUUUAAAGACACAAAUAGUGGUAGGAUUUUUUUUUCUCUUUUUGUACACUUUGAACUUAGCAUGUGGUGUUGAAGUAUUACAUAGAUCCAGUCUGUCUUCUGCACUAAGAUGCGAGGAAAUUGUGACUUGCUCUCUCCAGCACAGUGGAAUCACACGUUCAUCACCUUCCAUUGUUUGGAAAAUACUGCAGUUUACCAUGGGACACUGUAUAUAUUUCUUGCCAUAAUGGUAAAUGACUGAUUGAUAUAUUUAAGAGUUAAUAAAUUUGUGAUUUCUGCUGA